AAGUAGAGAAGGUUGUCAAUUUUUUCAAUACUUUUCACGUUCUCGCCUGUUGGAUUUCUAUAUUUCAAAGUCGUUGCCGAGCCAUGUCAGAGGCCUAUAUUUUGGCUGCUCUUGAAUUCUUAAUUCAGUUUGGGGGAAACCAAAAUGUUUCAGACUUGUGGGCGCAUAUGUGCAACAAAUUUCAUCAAGUUUCUGAUUUUAAAUAUGGCAUCGGGAAAAGCAUUCACACUUUCGAAAGAUUUCUAUCGUCUAACCCCUUAGUAUUUAACGUUGUUAAUAAUGUGGUCUGUCUCACUGAUAUAAGCAAUCCAAUGAGCGAAGAAAAGCCGUCCUCAAACCAAUUUAUUAAUCGUGGCAAUAAUUAUUCCAAGAGUGUAAGAAAUAACCGGAGUAAAUACACAAUAGAGUCAGAAGCUUCUGCUGUUAGGUAUUUUCAAGAACACUUGCUGAGGAAACCUGAGAGAUGGGUACCCAUUAAGAAUUUAGCUGGUCAUUUAUCACAAGCAUCUCCUCACAUUAGAAUCAGCGUAGGUCCUCAGUCUGAAUUUGUCGAGUUUCUUAUGAGGCAUCCUUUGAUAUUUGAUAUUCAAGGCGAUCUUGUUGGACUACGGGAUAAAUUCAAGACAAUCUGUUCUGCGGGUCCACCACCCAGUCACAGAAGAAAAAUACAGCGGCCCCUGUCAUCACACAUACCUGAAGAUAUAUAUCGAACAGUGCCGUAUCAUUGUGUAUCUAAUGGUUCUUUGAUUCCCCCACCAACCAGUCAUGAAGAUCUGUCAGCAAAAUCACAAAAUAAUGAUAACAUUGUAGUGUGUUUAGAUGACUGUAAAGCUAUUUUCUGGCUGAUGUAUGUCAUAAAGCAUAGUUUCAAGGAUGAAGUUGUGAUAUCGAGACUGCUAGCAGAACUUGCACGUGCACCCAACUCAGUCCGAAAUUGUAUUGGUUGGACUCAAAUUGAGCUGCUGGAGUUUUUGAGAAAAUAUAGCAGAAUAUUCAGUGUUGAUGAAACUACAGGCGUCAUUGAAUUACAUUAUACUAACAAACUCAAUCUAUUCAUUGCUUCUAGACAUGUGAAUGAUUCCUCAUGUGGUCUAAUAAUAUCUCAAAAAGGUUGCAUUUUCUGUGUGAAUAGACUUUGGGGAAUUAUCGAUCUUGGGUUCCACGAGCAUGUGUUUUUCGACAGGUCAUUAUUCAAAAAUGUCAUGGAUCUUACUAAACACUUCAAGGUUAAAGAGAUUGUCUACUUCAAUGCUGUUCUAGCGCCCAAAGACUCUCGUGCAAAAUGGCGAGCUACAUGUGUUUGGAAAGAAACUGAUCAGAUCAUCAAUCAACUAUCUAAAAUCAAUCAUUCUGACAAUGGUAUAGUACAACCAUCAUUUCCACCAGGAUCAUCCUCAGAGCAACAACAACAACAGCAACACAAUCGUCAACUACAAUCAAAUGAUGAUCCUGACUCAGGAUUAGAUAAUUCUGAUGAACUUAUAGAUCAUAAGAAAAAGUUGAAUAACUCUACAAAAAGAGAUUGUUCAAUAAAAGCUUUAUUUGAUGAAGAUGAUUUAUCCUCUGAAUAUGAUCUAAUUAUCAAUCAAUUUGCUAAUGUUCGUAUGGUUGAUGUCUGGGAGAUUGAACAGUUUACUAGUCAAGAAAAACAUACCAAUAGCCAAAUAAGCCCUAACGCAGUUGUAACCGGCGACAGCAUCACUAAUAAUCAUAAUGAUCGGCAUCAACAAGCAACACCACCACCACCCCAACAACAACAACAUACUAGAACUGGACAUCCUAUGGCUUCACCACAUAAUCCAAGUGAUCUAGAUCGUAGUUCAUCAGUGAGUAGUGAAUCAUUGUCAGAUUUGAAUACUCUAUCAGAAAUACCGAGUAUUAUGUCAGGUAUACAACUGGAACCACCGAUGGUGACAAGACCUUUAAGCUAUGUUGAAAGUACUAUAAGUAAUAAUGAUACUAAUUGUGACUCUAAUUCUAAAAUACUUAUGCAUAAACCAGGUUGUCCAUGUAAAUGUCUAUUAUCCACAGAAUAUUCAUUGAUGUCACAAAGCAAGGCCAAGAAUAGUGUAACUACACAAACCCUUUUUACAGGUGAUAUUAAGGGGAAGUUGGUUUAUCAUGAAACUCAAGAGACUAGUAAAAUCAUUCUUGAGUAGUUGAUUAUUACUAUUAUUAUUAUUACUAAGUAAUCUAUUUUUUAUUAAUCCCUUUCCUCUAAAACAACUCUAUUUUCCUAUAAUAUACACCUAUAUAUGUAUGCUUUAUGUGUCUCCUUGUUCGAGACCUUUUUUCACUUUUAUUUCAUUCAGUAAAAUAAAAGUCGUUGUUGUAUGUUCUCAGGUAUAGUUCAAUUCUCAUCUUUCUAAAGACGAGUUGUUGACCGAGAAAGUUUUUUUUUGUCAUUUCUAUUUGUAUUGACAUGACACAUCUGUUUUUAUUUUUAACGCGUAUGACAAACGCAACUGUUGAGUACAACUCUAGUGUGUGUGUGCAUGUUUCAUCUUCACUGGUCUUCACUGUCUCUCUAUAUAUACCAUAGACACCACCUUGUUGAUACUACUGACACUACAAUCAACCAUGUUAUCUUCAAGCUUUUAUAUUUUUAAUUCAUCACUAUCUGUUCUAUGAUAUAAAAAAGAGUAUACAAAAUGACAUUUUUUAUCUAUGUAAUUGAUAUUGCAUGACAUCAUAAAUAGUUGCUCUCCUUCACUGUCUUCAUCAUACCUGAAUUCUUCUUAACUAUGCCUACUUAUCCUCUUCCUUCAAAGUUAACAAGAUGCAUUUGAUCACUUUGACACACACUCUCGCACACACACAUGCAAACACUCAUAAACACACUUGCUUUGUCUUGGUUCUUCUGAGUAUGUGCGUAACAAAUAAAAGAUGAUUAUACUCUACCUAUUGAAGUAUGGGCAAAUUUCAAUAGUGUCAUCAACUGUCUGCCCCCCCUCUCUCUCUCUCGCUCUCACCCACACAAUAGAUUUCUGGUUCAAAUUGGCUAAUACAUGAAACGUCCGCUCCACAUAACUGAGAUCAAAUGAAUAAAUAAUUCACAUGUAGUGCCAUUCCCUUAGUGCUUUUUACUUCCAGUGUAUACUGGAUCGGGGAACUUGAUGGUUUCCUUGGAUUGAUUGUGAUGCUUUCAUUCCUAUCAAAUCUUGAAAGGAAAAUAUGAAUGUAAUGUUUAGUUUCUAUGUUGCUGUUUUUAGUUUUAUUCUGUUUUUCUCUCUCUUCCCGCUAUUCGUCGAUGAAUUUUACUAGUGUAAGAGAGAUCCGUCAUUCCUGAGGGCUGUGAACAUACAUAUACAAACAGACAAUAUUUCCCGCUCUUCAUAUACAUGUAUUUCGACACUGAUGGAAAUGAAAUGGAAACGUUUCUUACUUUCUUUUGUAUUUUGCUAUUGUUUCCCAUUGUUCCCUUUUUAUCGUCUCCUGAUCUUCGCCUUCUCCUCCUCUUCACAGUUUCGUUUUGCUCUGUGUAAAAUGGCUUGUGUUAUUAUAUUCAUUCAAGAAUAUAGAGUGACAAUGAAAACGAUGCUAUUAGUUUGAAAUAAUGUAUAAUGUACUAAUUUUUAGUGAUAAUAAUAAUUAUUAUUAAUAAUAUUACUAUCAUUCUAACUGUAAUCGUAGUAAUGAGAAAACAAUUUCAAUGUCAUGAUGAAUAUGUAAGUUUAUAAUAUAAAGAAUACAUAUUU